AUGAAAAUAAGUGCUAUUGACGAUAAAGUGUGCUGUGUUGAUGUGUUCAAUGUGACCGUGCGAGUUCUGUUAUCUCAUUGUGUAGCGUUAUUGUAGUCCUUAAGUUUAAUUUCAAGUCAUACUUGAGACGACGUUGAGGCAGACAAAUCAUUAGUUCCAGUACUACUACUUGUAAAGAAAAGAUGUCAUUAACAAUAAAGAAAAUAAUUGAGCCCUUGGAGUUGGGCGAGGGACCACAUUGGGACGAUCGGCAGCAAGCUUUGUACUUCGUGAACAUCUUGAAGGGUACCAUUCACAAGUAUGUGCCGGCUACUGGAGAACACACGAAGACUAAACUUGAUGGGUCAGUAGGUUUCAUAGUACCGGUUAAUGGCACCACUGAUCAGUUCCUAAUUGGUUUGGAGAGGAAAUUCGUUAUAGUCCAGUGGGACGGAAAAGAGGGUAGUGCGACCAAGAUUGUCCGCGAGCUGGGCACCGUUGACCAGAAUGUCGUGCCGAAUACCAGAAUAAAUGACGGAAAAGCUGAUCCCCGUGGCAGGGUGUAUGCAGGUACGAUGGGCCAUGAAGAUCGUCCAGGAAACAUACUCCCAAACCAGGGUUCUCUGUACCGCGUGGAUAAAACGGGUAUACACAAGCUGUGCAGCGAAAUCGGAAUCUCCAACGGCCUCGCGUGGGACCUCGCACGGAAGGCGUUCUAUUACACGGACACCAUGGAGCGGAGAAUCCGGAGAUACGACUACGACGUAGACACGGGAAACAUAACUAAUCUGAAAUAUAUAUUUGACUUGGAAAAGAACAAAGUUGAUGGCAUGCCUGAUGGUACCACUAUAGACAGCGACGGUAACUUAUGGGUGGCGGUGUUCAAUGGAUCUUGUGUUAUAAAAAUCGACCCCACCAGUGGUAAGUUACUUCAAAAAGUUCCGAUUCCAGUACCCCAAGUAACCUCAGUGACCUUUGGCGGGCCAAACUUCGAUAUAUUAUUUGUGACCACCGCGAGUUUGAAUAUAGGUGGUGCCCAGGAACCGCCCUGUGGUUCUACAUACAUGGUUACUGGAUUGGGGGUGAAGGGUCUUCCUAAUAUGAAUUUUCAAUGCUGAUGUAAUAGAUUUAAGCAUUUAAUUUUUCUUAUAAAAAAUCAUAAAUAGUU